AUGAUCGCACAGCAGCUCAACCAUCACCCACUUGCCCACCCUCACCCUCGUAACCAUUACAACCACCAGCACCACUCGCCGGACCACAACCGCAGCCGGUCUCACCAUCAUUAUCCGGCAAAUUGCCCAGGCCAGCAACGGUCUCAACAUUCAAUAGUUCAGCCGACCACCGGCCAGCCCACCAAUUGCAUCUCAAAGCAGAUCCAAAUGGGUCUUGCGCCUGGGCACAACCAUACCUUUCGAGACUCAAGGAAGCCACUGUCUGCCGGAGAAAUGCCGACGGGAGGGUUAGUUCCGUCGCCGCCAACCGUCAUGGCGGUGACUGCUCACGGAGAAGUCGACCAUCGUAGUUGCCUUACCGUGCCAGUCUACCAAGCCGAGUUUAUUGAGCAUAUCAGUUCACGAGAGGCACUGCGUGAUCUGCUCUCCUUCACCAGUGACCUCUCCGUACCUCUCAGGCGGACCAGCUCUUCCUUGAUUCGAAAUCUUUUCGACAGGAUUCGUGAGGUUUGUGGACAAACGUAA